UAUUAUGCAGAUUCAGCAGCAGAUUGUGCUGAUCGAACACAGAUGAUCUCGCAACUUUUAAAAACUGAAUUCAAUGUCGAGACUCGUGAAGGUUUAUUUUUCAUGCGUUUUUUAUUUCAGUGCUGUGGACAUGGGCUAAACGUUAGUAUGCUGUCAAUAUAUCGUGAUAAAUAAAAAUACUUCAAAUGGGUUCGACGAGCUCCACCCUGUUAAAAAUACCAAACGUCGAGGAGUUGAUGCAAGAAACGGUCUUCUCCUCUGCACACAUUAUUCGUCUGUAUGAUCGCUUCAAAGCUCUGGAUAAAGGAGGAAGAGGUCAUCUCUGUCUUCAAGAUUUUGGAGCCAUAAAGGAGUUAGCAAUGAACCCCAUAGGAGACAGAAUAAUUAGUGCCUUCUUUUCCCCAGGGAAGGAAACAGUGGAUUUCCACACUUUUGUGAGGAUCCUGGCCCAUUUCCGACCUGUUGACAAAGACAGACCCAAAGAGCCCAAUUCUCCAGAACCCAUCAACAGCAGGAGCAACAAACUCAAAUUUGCGUUUCAGUUGUAUGACCAGGACAAGGAUGGCAAGAUUUCCAGAGAUGAGCUUUUAAAGGUUCUCCGGGCAAUGCUGGAGAUGCAGGUGACGGAGGAGCAGCUACUGAGCAUAGCGGACCGCACAAUACAAGAAGCGGAUCUAGAUCGAGAUGACGCCAUAUCUUUUGAGGAGUUUCGUAAGUCUCUGGAGAAGGUCAACAUUGACCAAAAGAUGAGCAUUCGCUUCUUGCGCUAGAGCAUCACGGGAAAGCUUCUGUACAAACCUCGUACAUUUCCAUCUGUUUCAUCUCCAAGCUUGAGGAAAUACAAGGAAUAUCCAAUAUUCACAGGACGGUAUGAUGGAUGUUGUUUGAUAAACAGGAUUUUAAUGCACUAGGAAUCUCUGCAAUGCACUGUGGUUGCAACAGCAUACUAACAAAUGCAUAAAAGUUUUGCAUUCUGCGUCUUAAGGAAAUAUUAACUGUACUGAAUUGAAUGACUUAUUCAUUCUGUUAUUUUCUAAUUAUAAACAACAGUUUGCCUGCACUGCAGGGGAAAGAGAGAGUGAUGUUAAGUGAAUUCAAAUCUCCUCACUAUUCUCAACUAAUAGUUAAUGACAAUUUACAGCAUUGCAAUAUCAUAAAACUACCUAUGUGGAAAAUGGGAUUUGUGGUGUGGUGACAGGAACAUAAGGUUUCAUGCUUAACUGUUUGAAGGUUUAUUAAGUGUUUACACUUUGUUCUCAGUAUAGUUUCUAACAUCUCUGUGGCAUGAGACUUUCCAGAAUUCAUGUCUUUUGAACUAUGUGACCUUAUCCUAAAUAUUGGAAUGUUUUUUUUUUUUAUGCAAUUUUGACUACAAGCUUAAUGAGAGAGGCUACUUUACUGCACUUAUGCAUGCUUUUCUUAACAUUUGUAUUAAACGCUACUGAAAUUCUACUGAAAAUGUAUUUGACAAAGUACAAAACAAUACUUUGGAUAUUAUCUUCAAAAGAAGCUUGUCAGAGCUUCUAUUUCUUUUUGUAAAACAUUUUAAUGGAAAAAUUUACUGACUGCCCUUUUAAAUUCAGGAAAGUAAAAAUAAUAUUCUGGGUUCAAUACAAGUUAAGGUCUGUCGACAGCAUUUGUGGCAAUGUUGAUUACCACAAAAAAUAAUAAAAAAAAAAAAGCAAAAAUUGAGGUUACAGUGAGGCAUUUACAAUGAAAGUGAAUGGUUGGAGCGUUUAACGGCAGAAAUGUGAAGCUUAUAAUUUUGUAAAAGCACACAUUAAUUCUUCGCUUAAAACUCUUGUAUUAUUUGAGUUGCAAAGUUUAAACUUUUUUUUUAAAUUUUUUUUUAUAUACAGUCAUUGACAUUACAUUGUCAUGGCAAAUAAGUUGUAAAAUUGCAUAUAAAUUUACACAUAAAAGGUUAGUAACCAAUUUGAUCACACUAAAAUCAUGUUAACACAUUUAGUUUUCAUCUUGUAGCUAUACUUUUGAAACAUUUACAAAUUGGCCCCAUUCACAUCCAGCAAGUGCCUCAAUGGAAUCAAGAUUUUUUUUUUUAGGAAGGGCAAGUCAAAAUUAUUUUUUGUGGUAAUCAACAGUUUGUCACA